GGUCACGUGAUGCCCGUGGAAUGCCAACAAUGUAGCGAAUGUCCCGCUCGGGUCUGCGCGUCCGAACCGCGGCGUGAGCGCCCCGGGAAGAUGGAGCCGCCGCCGCCACCAGCGCCGCCGCCGCUUCCACGAGCUCCCCCGACCCUCCGGGGUCUGCAGCCACUGCCGCCACCGGCGCCCGGUGUCCCGGCGCGCGAGGUCCCGGAGCCGCGGGCCAGGACGCCGCCGAGGGUGUAAGAGAGCUCCCGGAGAGAGUGAUGCUCUUCAAAAUGAAAACUCUGGAAAAUUUUAGGUUCUCUUUAGGAACUACAGAAAUUGAAGGACAGAACAUUUUUGAAAGGAAGUUGUUUUGGAAGCAUGUUUACAAUUAACUGACGCUAUUGACUAUUCUUUUUAAAAUAAUAAGACACUUUGAGAAGAUUGUAUUUAUGGUAAAAGGAAACUGGACUAACGAUGAGGCCAAAGACUUUUCCUGCCACAACUUACUCUGGAAAUAGCCGGCAGCGAUUGCAAGAGAUCCGAGAGGGGCUGAAGCAGCCAUCCAAGUCUUCCCCUCAGGGGCUGCCUCCGGGACCAAACAGUGACACUUCCCUGGAUGCCAAAGUCCUGGGGAGCAAAGAUGCCUCCAGGCAGCAGCAGAUGAGAGCCACCCCGAAGUUUGGACCUUAUCAGAAAGCGCUCAGGGAAAUCCGAUAUUCCCUACUGCCUUUUGCCAAUGAAUCUGGCACUCCGGCUGCCGCAGAAGUAAACCGGCAGAUGCUUCAGGAGUUGGUGAACGCAGGAUGCGACCAGGAGAUGGCUGGCAGAGCACUCAAGCAGACAGGCAGUAGGAGCAUUGAAGCCGCCUUAGAGUACAUCAGUAAGAUGGGCUACCUGGACCCCAGGAACGAGCAGAUUGUGCGGGUCAUCAAGCAGACCUCCCCAGGAAAGGGCCUGGCGCCCACCCCGGUGACCGUGACUCGGCGGCCCAGUUUUGAGGGUGCAGGGGAAGUAUUCCCAUCCUACCACCAGAUGGGUGGUGCAAACUACGAGGGCCCCUCCGCGCUGGAGGAGAUGCCACGGCACUACUUAGACUUCCUCUUCCCUGGGGCCAGCACUCACGGCGCCCCAGCUCACCAGCAUUCUCCCAAAGGCUACAGCGCAGCAGUGGAGACAGGCGCACACUUCCCAGGCACACACUAUGGCCGUGCUCACCUGCUGGCGGAGCAGCCUGGAUAUGGGGUGCAGCGUACCCCCUCCUUCCAGAGCAAGACCCCACCAGAUGCCUAUUCUGGCUUGGCCAAGGCCCAGGGAGGCCCUCCCGCCAGCCUCUCCUUCCCUGCCCAUGCUGGGCUGUACACCACUCCGCACCACAAGCCCGCAGCUGCGGCGCCUGGAACACACCCUUUGCACGUGUUGGGUGCCCGGGGCCCCACAUUCGCUGGCGAAAGCCCCACACCGGCAGUGCUCGCACCGUCCAGGAACAGCCUCAACGCCGACUUGUACGAGCUGGGCUCCCCGGCGCCCUGGUCGGCAGCCCCGCUGGCACGUCGUGACUCCAUGCAAAAACAGGGUUUGGAGUCCUCCCGACAGCAUGUCGCCUUCAGGGCAGGCCCCAGUAGGACCAACUCCUUCAGCAGCCCACAGCCCGAGCCCUCGCUGCCCGCCCCCAACACGGUCACCACAGUGACUGCAGCGCACAUCCUGCACCCUGUGAAGAGUGUGCGUGUGUUGCGGCCAGAGCCGCAGACAGCUGUGGGGCCCUCGCACCCAGCCUGGGUGCCUGCACCCACAGCACCUGCCACCGAGGGCCUGGAGACCAAGGAGGGCAGUGCAGGCCAGCAUCCCCUCGAGGUGGACUACGGUGGCUCUGAGCGCAGGUGCCCACCGCCCCCUUACCCAAAGCACCUGCUGCUGCCCAGCAAGGCUGAGCAGUAUAACUUGGAUGUUGACAGCCUGUGCACUGGGGUAGAGCAGAGUCUGCGUCCGAGCGCCGAGCCAGACAGGACGGACAAGAGCCACAAGGGUGCCAAGGGAGACAAAGCUAGCAGGGACAAAAAGCAGAUCCAGACCUCCCCAGUGCCGGUCCGCAAGAAUAGCAAGGAUGAAGAGAAGAGAGAGUCUCGCAUCAAGAGCUACUCCCCAUUUGCCUUCAAGUUCUUCAUGGAACAGCACGUGGAGAACGUCCUUAAAACCUACCAGCAGAAGGUCGGCCGGAGGCUGCAGCUGGAGCAGGAAAUGGCCAAAGCUGGACUCUGUGAGGCCGAGCAGGAGCAGAUGAGGAAGAUCCUCUACCAGAAGGAGUCUAACUAUAACAGACUGAAGAGGGCCAAGAUGGACAAGUCCAUGUUUGUGAAAAUCAAAACUCUGGGCAUUGGUGCCUUUGGAGAAGUGUGCCUUGCCUGUAAGGUGGACACUAACGCCCUGUACGCCAUGAAGACUCUGAGGAAGAAAGAUGUCCUGAACAGGAAUCAAGUGGCUCAUGUCAAGGCCGAGAGAGACAUCCUGGCUGAGGCAGACAACGAGUGGGUGGUCAAACUCUACUACUCCUUCCAGGACAAGGACAGCCUGUACUUUGUGAUGGACUACAUACCCGGUGGGGACAUGAUGAGCCUGCUGAUCCGGAUGGAAGUCUUCCCUGAGCACCUGGCCCGCUUCUACAUUGCAGAGUUGACCCUGGCCAUCGAGAGUGUCCACAAGAUGGGCUUCAUCCACAGGGACAUCAAGCCUGACAAUAUCCUGAUCGACCUGGAUGGCCAUAUUAAGCUGACAGACUUUGGCCUCUGCACUGGAUUCAGGUGGACUCACAACUCCAAGUACUACCAGAAAGGGAACCACAUCAGACAGGACAGCAUGGACCCUGGUGACCUCUGGGACGAUGUUUCCAACUGUCGUUGUGGAGACAGAUUAAAGACUCUGGAGCAGAGAGCACAGAAGCAGCACCAGAGGUGCCUGGCACAUUCUCUAGUUGGGACUCCAAAUUACAUCGCGCCUGAGGUGCUUCUCCGCAAAGGCUACACACAGCUCUGUGACUGGUGGAGUGUUGGUGUGAUUCUUUUUGAGAUGCUGGUUGGGCAGCCACCUUUCCUGGCACCUACCCCCACAGAAACCCAGCUGAAGGUGAUCAACUGGGAGAGCACGCUGCACAUCCCCUCACAGGUGAAGCUGAGCGCAGAGGCCCGUGACCUCAUCACCAAGCUGUGCUGCGCAGCCGACUGCCGCCUGGGCAGGGAUGGGGCCGAUGACCUCAAGGCACACCCGUUCUUCAGCGCCAUCGACUUCUCCCGUGACAUCCGGAAGCAACCCGCGCCCUAUGUCCCCACCAUCAGCCACCCCAUGGACACCUCCAAUUUUGACCCGGUGGAUGAAGAAAGCCCCUGGCACGAGGCCAGCGGAGAGAGUGCCAAGGCCUGGGACACACUGGCAUCCCCCAACAGUAAGCACCCGGAGCACGCCUUCUACGAGUUCACCUUCCGCAGGUUCUUCGAUGACAACGGCUACCCUUUCCGGUGCCCAAAGCCAUCAGAGCCCGCGGACAGUGCAGACCAGGGGGACACAGAGCUGGGGGAUGCAGCUGAGGGCUGCCAGCCGGUGUAUGUGUAGG